AUGCCUAAUCAACUCCACCCAUUCGACUCCAUACAAGAUUACGAAAUCACCUUAGCUGCUAAGCUUAUCAAGGAUGGCUACAAUCCAGCCGACAACGUGCACUUCGUGCUUAUCGACAGAUUGGAGCCACCUAAGAGGGAUACCUUGAAGUACUUGGAAGCUGAGAAGGCCGGUAAGCCAUUGCCAGAGGUUCCACGUACUGCCUAUGCGUAUUUCUACACCAAACAGAAGCACCUCCACAAGGCUUUGGUAAAUUUGACGUAUAAGCAUGUCAUUACCACCACCACCUUACCUCACGGUACCGUCGGUCCGUUGUUGCCGGAAGACGUGAUCGAAUGCGAGAGUUGGUGCAUGGAGCAUCCGUUGGUCCAGGCUGAGGUUGAAAAGUUGCAAUUGCCUCCAGGCUACGUUGUGCGUACCGAUCCAUGGAUGUACGGUACUGACUCCGAGCAUGAAGACCGUUUCUUGAUCCAAUAUUAUAUGUACUUGGUCGGCUCUAACGGUCAUGAAGAAUCCAACCACUAUUCCUUGCCUUUGAAGUUUGCCCCUGUGUUUGAGGCCUUCACCAAGAAGUUUGUCAGAAUCGACUUUUUGCCUGGCGGGGUAGAUGAAAAAGUCACAGCCACUUUACCCUGGAAGGAAGUCUUGCCAGUGGAGUACCACUACAAGUUGCACGGUGAAAAGCCAAGAGACUUGAAGCCUUUGCUUUAUGUGCAGCCGGAGGGUGUGUCAUAUGAGAUUGAAGGCUCCAAGGUGAAGUGGCAGGGCUGGGAGUUCAGAGUCUCCUCCAACAACAGAGAGGGCAUGGUUAUCUACGAUGCCUCCUUCAAGGGGAGAUCUGUCUUGUACAGACUUUCUUUAUCUGAAAUGACCGUGCCUUACGGUGAUCCAAGAGUUCCUUUCCACAGAAAGCAGGCUUUUGACUUGGGUGACUGUGGAUUCGGCUCGUCCGCCAACUCCUUGGCCUUGGGCUGCGACUGUCUCGGGGUUAUCAAGUACCUUGACUGUCUUAGAUGUGACGGUGAGGGUAACCCGGUGUUGAUCCCUUCCACCAUUUGUAUGCACGAGCAGGACGAUGGGUUGUUGUAUAAGCACGUCAACUACAGAACGUUUGACUCCACCCAGGCCAGAAGAAGAGAGUUUGUGCUCCAGACCAUUGCUACUGUUGCCAACUACGAAUACAUCUUGAACAUCGUGUUUGACCAAAUUGGUCAGAUCUCCAUUAAGGCCAAGGCUACGGGUAUUUUGUCCACUAUGCCAAUCGACGAGGGCUUGGAUGUUCCUUGGGGUACCAACGUCGGUCCUGGGGUGAUGGCUGCCUACCACCAGCAUUUGUUGUCCUUCCGUAUCGAUCCAGCUGUGGAUGGACACAACAACACUGUUGUCUACGACGACGCGGUUCCAAUGGCCAUCGACCCGGUGCUUAAUCCAUACGGUAUCGGUUUUGUUUCAGAGAGAACGGUUGUCGAAAAGGCAGGGUACAUUGAACAGUCUCCAUUCACCAACAGGGCUGUCAAGAUUAUCAACGAAUCGGUUAUAAAUCCAACCACCAGAAAGCCAGUCGCGUACAAGAUUGAUACCUCCGCUCGCCAGAUGAUGAUUGCUCAUCCAACCUCGUUCAACUCCAGAAGAGCGAAGUAUGCUACCCAACAAAUGUGGGUGGUGCCUUACAAGGAUAACCAGUUGUGGGCUGCUGGUGAAUUCACCAACCAAUCUCAAACUGACACUGGUUUGGCCGAAUGGGUCAAGGGCGAAGCUCCGGUGAGAAAUACCGAUUUGGUGGUUUUCGCUACCAUGUCUUUGACGCACUUGCCAAGAGCUGAGGAUUUCCCAGUCAUGCCAACGGAUAACUUGCCUGAAAUUAACAUCAUUCCUUACGGUUUCUUUGAAAAGAAUCCUGGUUUGGAUGUUCCUCAAUCCGAUAACAAGGGUAAGAAUUCGAUGUAUUACGAGGAGUCCAAAAAACAGUCUACCGCCCAAAAUAGUGAUUGCUGCAAGAAGGCUAGUUUGUAA